AUGAAGAUAGUAUGUGUCAUUAGUUUACUGUGCAUUACGACCACCGCAUGCUGCUCAUCAUUGGGUGAGAACCUGAGAAAACUGCAACUGUCAGAUUCUGAGAUAAUCGAAGCGUCAGAAUCUCAAAAAUUGCAGCUCAGGAGACGGGGAGUCAACUUCAUGGAUAUAUCCAACUUUCCCACACUAUUUGGUUCUAAGCAAAAAGAGAUCCAAGCCCCGAACUAUAGCUAUCCAAUAUCAUCUUCUCAUCAAAAUACUGCGAAAGAGAUCAUAAAUGCGAUUAACAAACAAUCUAUGUACGACAACUUGGCUCAUUUAUCCAGUUUUUACACAAGGUAUUACAAAUCAGAAACCGGAUACGAAUCUGCAUGUUGGCUGCUAGAAAAUCUGAGAAAUGUUACGAUGCCGCUAAAAGAUAAAAUAGAUGUUAUACAGAUCGAUCAUCAUGAUUGGAAGCAAUUUUCUCUCAUCGUUCGCAUAAACGGUACAAAUACUCCAGAGAACAUUGUUGUGUUUGGAUCACAUCACGAUUCGAUGAAUUUACUUCUACCAUCCAUAUUAGCCGCCCCUGGUGCUGAUGACAAUGCAUCAGGAACAUCGACUAAUAUUGAAGCACUAAGGCUGUAUGUUAAUUAUCUUCAAAAUUCGGGCAGUUGGCCUACCAAUACUAUAGAAUUUCACUUCUAUUCGGCGGAGGAAGGUGGCUUAUUAGGGUCUUUAGAUGUCUUCACCAGGUAUUCGGCCGAGCAAAGAAAGGUUGUGGCUAUGCUUCAGCAAGACAUGACAGGCUAUGUUCAGGAUCCAAAAAAUGAACAUGUUGGAGUGAUCACGGACUAUACGAGCCCAGGACUUGCUCAAUUCACAAGAAUGAUCAUCGACAAUUACCUAUCUAUUCCGUAUAGGAAUAGUACCUGUGGUUACGCGUGCAGUGAUCAUGGGAGCGCAACCAAGAAUGGGUUUCCAGCAAUAUAUGUAAUCGAAAGCGAAUACUCGCAAACAAACAAAUACAUUCACAGUACCAUGGAUACACUGGAUCGAUUAAGCCUAGAUCACAUGGCUGAGCAUGUCAAGCUAGUAAUUGGCUUUUUAUUGGAAUUGGGCGAUUGGACGGUAGACGAGAUAAAAAAAACGCAGCAAAAUGAAAACGUGGUGAUGGACGCAAUGGAUAUUUAA